GUCUUCGGUUUCACCUGUCUAAAUUUGAAUUUCCGAUAAAAAUAAAUCUUAAAAAAGUUGAGUGUUCUCUGCCCAGUUGUGUUCAGCAGAGAUUGGCAGAAUCUGUUCUCACACUCAAGGUGUUUUUCUGUCUUGUAAGCAGUUACCUCCUCUCAAGUUGUGGCUUUUAUGUUCCGCUGUGCGGACAGCUAGCGUGCUUACACAGUGCACUAAACUUAUUUGUUAUUGCUUUUUCACACUCAAAUUGUAGGAUAAGCUCCCGAAGACUGCUAGAGGGUAACAGCACAACCAGGUUCCCCCGCAGCCUCGUGCCCCUGUGGGCAGUCCUGGGCAGUGCCCAGCAGGUGUGAGGAAGCCAGCGGGAAGCCCAGACCAGCUCCCUUUCUGAGCAGGAGUACCUAGGGAGCCAGAGCCAGGGAGAAGUGAUCCUUCAUCCAUCCGCUGCUCUCACUUUAGGCUGUGGGCGCACCGCCAGAAUGUCUGCUCGUGACGGAGGGCGUCAGAGCCAGAGUGCGCAGGCGCGCCGCUGCCCAAGUCCCACCCCUUCACGGCUGGAGGCUUGUGCACGUGCGCAGCCCAAGGGCGGAGCCUCGAGCGCGUCCUGGUUGCCUGGAGACCGCAGCGCCACUGUAGCGGUCGGCGGCGUCGCGAAAGGGACGGUUAUCCCUUAUUUCCCAAGGAGCAGGAGGAGGAAUCGCCGGGUGCGCGGAGCAGGAUGCCGCUGCCCGACACCAUGUUCUGCGCGCAGCAGAUCCACAUUCCCCCAGAGUUGCCCGACAUCCUGAAGCAGUUCACCAAGGCUGCCAUCCGCACCCAGCCCGCCGACGUGCUGCAGUGGUCCGCGGGGUAUUUUUCAGCUUUGUCAAGGGGAGAUCCACUUCCCGUGAAGGACCGAAUGGAGAUGCCCGUGGCAACCCAGAAAACGGACACGGGGCUGAGCCAGGGGCUCCUGAAGGUGUUGCACAAGCAGUGUAGCCACAAGCAGUAUGUGGACUUGAACGAUCUUGAGCAGAAAUGGAAAAACUUGUGCCUGCCAAUAGAAAAAUUCAAAGCUCUCUUACAACUGGAUCCUUGUGGAGGCACGAUGGAGUGGAUAAAGUUUUUAGCCCUCGGAUGCAGCAUGCUCGGUGGGUCCCUGAACUCGGCCAUGAAGCACCUGUGUGAGAUCCUCACCUCAGACCCCGAGGGCGGGCCCGCCCGCAUCCCCUUUGAGACUUUCUCCUACGUCUACGAGUACUUGGCCAGGCUGGACCCAGACAUCCCUCCCACCGACACGGAAACCUACCUUGCCACUCUGAAGGAAAAGGUAGAAUCUAGGAAGAAUGACCUGAUAGGAGUUUCAGAUUUCUUCUCUGCAAAGAGAAGUAUUUAAAAAACCUCAACAAGAAAACUCUGAAGAUGUAGACCAUUAAUACGGAGAACAUCAUGCUUUAAUGUCAAAAAUAGUGCUGUUGAAAGACCCUGACACCAAAUACAACUUGUCAUUAACCA